GACUUUGUGUACCAGCACAGUCUCACCAAGCUUCAGUACCGGGCAGGAAUCAGAAAGAUGAGCUCGUUGUGGCUAGGUUUUGCCCUCAUUCACCUGAUGGUAUUUACCAAUGUCGAGGCUCAGUACUCUUUUUGUCCAAGUUAUAAAACCCUAUCUGAUCCAUGGAGGAAUGUUGGAUUUUGCUCCAUGUCCAAUACCAGAAGUGACAUUAGCCUGAAUGAGGGCUGGUACCGUUUCACCAGUGUCGGUGGAGACAAGGUCAUCACUUCCUGUGGAAGCACCAUAAACACCACCAGUCACAAUCUCACUGUUUACAACUUAUUCACGUGCAACUCAUCCAUCAGCUACACGAAUUAUAUAAACUGCAGCCAAGGAUUCACUGUCUACUACCUUCGGCCCACCAAACAAACUUACGCCACACGUCAUUCAGUGUGCAGCAACUCUUCAUGUGGACCAAAUGCUCAGUGUGGAACAGUUUUUGGGAGCUGUGUGUGUAAUCCUGGAUUAGUGCCUAACCUGUUAAUGAGUAAUGACUCUUACGGAUGCUCAGUUCUCACAGUGCCUUCAGGUUGCAAGACAGCUGAUUGUGCACAGAGCUUUGUGAGCAAUCUCAGCCAACUUUUAGACAACUUGAAUGAACCUUUACAACCAAAGACUGUGGAAUUAUAUUUGAGCACAAUCAUGAACGUUACAACGUCCAUCGAUGCAAAAAACUCUACCGACAACACAGUGCUAAUCAAAUAUGCAAAUAAUGUACUGACUGUGACUGAGAAACUGGUGUCUUCGCUAGUGGCACCAACAGAGACCGAGAACACCACACGUAUUCAGCUCGAUCAAAUGGAGGCUGAAGUUUUUACGGUUGGAAAAAACACCAGCUUGAUUAAAAUCCCUCCGCUCAAUGCAAGCAGUUCUUCCCUGAAUAUUGAUCUCAUCGAGAUUUCCAAGCAAAACAACGGUUCAGCAUCUGUGGUUUUUAUGAGCUACACCAACAUGGCCAAUGUCCUGAAACCGAGCUUCUUCUACACAAACACCAGCACAAUUAAAAUCUUUAUCUCCCCUGUGGUUUCCGUUACACUGCCCAAGAGCUCCAACAUAACCCUCACCACUCCAGUCAACUUCACCUUCAGACACAAAGAGUUCACAGCUUCAGCUAAUCGCUCGUGUGUGUACUGGAAUGAAACAGAAUGGAUUGAAAAAGGUUGUAUGGCCACGGAGAUUAACAGCACAUACACAGUGUGCUCCUGUGUUCACCUGUCGACCUUCGCUAUGAUCAUGCAAACCGACCCAGACAAUAUUAAAAAGAGUGACGACGAUGCUCUCAUGAAUCUCAUUAACAUAGUGGCUGUGUCCGUGGGAUUGUUCUUCCUCUUCCUGACUAUAUUAACUCUCACGUUUUGUCAACGAGGCACCAAAGUGACCAACACGGCUCUGCUCAACUUGUCAUUAAGCUUGUUUCUUGCUCACAUCACUUUCCUGCUCACACAGCAGUACCUUCAGGAUGUACAGAAAAACAACUUGAUGUGCUUGGUCCUGGCUGGUAUCACACACUUCCUCUUUUUAUCAGCAUUUGUGUGGAUGUUGAUCGAGGCCAUAUUGCUUUACAUCUUUGUGAAAAACCUAUCAAAGAUCAGCUCAAUGCAGACUGAAACGCUUAACUGGAAAUAUAUGAUCAUUAUUGGCUACGUCAUCCCUUUGGCUGUGGUGGGUGUGACCUCAGGCCUUUGUCCUGGUAGCUACAGUGAAGAACAUUGCUGGCUCACCACAAAUUUUGUCUGGACCUUUCUGGGUCCUGUGUCUUGCAUUAUUGCUAUCAACCUGCUGCUUUCCUGUGUGAUCCUCAUAAACCUCAGGCAAUCUUUGGCAAACCUGAAUAAAACCGUCACACAACUGAAACAAACCCGGACCCUUGUGCUUAAAACCCUGCUGCAGUUUGUAAUUCUUGGCUGCCCCUGGGUCCUAGGCUUUUUUGCAAAUAGCAGCACAAUGAUAAAUAUCGUCUUCCUUUUCUUCAAUUCACAGCAGGGAACCUUCAUUUUCAUCGUUCACUGUGUCUUCAACCAAGAGAUCAAGGAGCAGUACAAGAAGUGGUGGAAUGCACUUUACCAUUACUCCAAAUACAAGUCCAUGGGUGUAGAGCAGACGAACAGUUCACAUUCAAAAAUAAAGUAAUAAAAUAAAGGGAAAAAAAGUUAUACAAGUACAAUAUAAUGGCUGACUGUUUCCUACAAUCAUUCAGUUACUUACAGUUACUUAGUUAUUACAGUUACUUACAGUUGGUUGAAACCAGUGAUUUUACAGAGAAUGUUUUACUGGAGUAUAAAAUUGUUAACACUAAAGAGUUAAGUGAAGCUGAAAAAUAACAAAAUAUAAAUUGAAGACGUGAAGACAUUGUAAAGAUGUUGUGCUGAUGCUGGGAAGAUGCUAUGAGGAUAUUUUGAAAAAGCUGUGAUGAUGAUGUGCUACAGCUAUGAAGGUGUAGUGAAGAUGCUGUAAAGAUGCUGUGAUGAUGUUUUGAAGACACUAUGAAGGUGUAGUGAAGAUGCUGUGAGGAUGUUGUGCUAAAGCUACUAGGAUGCUGUAAAGAUAAUUUGAGGACGUUGCAAAGAUGCUGUGAGGAUGUUUUGAAGAUGCGGUGAAGAGGAUGUAAAGAUAUGAAUGAUGUAAUGAUGCUUUGAUGACAUGACGUAGGCUUUUUUGCUGCAGCAUCACAGUUUGCAAUUAUUUUUUUUAAAAAGAUGACAUUGAAAAAAACAUUAUUUUAAACUUUUUAUUAAUAUUAUUAUUAUUAUUAUUAUUAUUA